UUAUUUUCGCUUAUUUAACAAUAGGUUGGAACUUGUUGUUGGUGAGCUAGUUUUUUUGUUUCAUAUGGGGACAUCUAUGGCGGUUUGAUUUCAUGGCUAUCUUAGUUUUCAUCUACGUCGUAAUUUGUCUGUCAUAGUUUACAAAUGAAGAACGACCUUGUGUCCUUUAUGGCGUCAUUGUUUAUUAGUGUUUGUGCUUAUCGCAAAUAGCUGAAGACCUUGAAAGGUUUUGUUCUGAAUAGCAUCGCCCACCUACGCAUUCGCAGCGCACAAAAGCCCAAACAAUAGGAAGUAGAGCACAGCGUUUUCAAAUCAUCAUCGUGAACUUCACCUUUCGUUAAAGAAGAUUUGCGUUGUCAGUCCGUCGUAUAUACUUAAUUUCAAGACCUAUUCACGUCGACCACAAUUCUGUUCUUGUAGCAGUUCAGGGGGGUUUUUGCACCCGUCCUUCCGGUUUUGCACAUCAAUCAGCGGCAACAAAUACGAAGAGAGAUGACGUUCUAGUGGGAGGAGUUGCCAGCCGACCGCUGCGGUCGUCACAUCAGACAGACGACUGCGUUUGGCCGGCAGAGUCUGACUGAAAGUGCGCUUCUCGGCUGUCUUUGCUGUGCACAGAGGGCGUCUCCUAGCAAUUCUCCGCCUCGCACUCACGAACUCACCGCCCCUACUGCUUCGUCAGCGUGGAUUUGCAUCAGCGCCCCUAGCCGCCCGCCGCUGCUCGGCUCACUUCUCACAAGUGUGCCGUCAAUUGGCCACCGAUGAGUAUUUGUUAUUAAUUUACUAAAAAUGGCUACCAAUAUGGCUGGUGAUAUGGCUGCUAAGCCAGAAAAACACGUCCAUCAUGAAGUCAAUGCCUUUCAGGAUGAGGAGAUGGAAGCCGCCCAAAGGGAGAAACGGAACAUCCGGAGGCUCGACUCCAUAGUUCCAACAGCAGGAAAGGAAGGAUCUGCCAUACAGUUUAAUCUAUACAAAGGCCGCGGUGUUGCUGUAUUUACAUCUGGAGGCGACUCCCAAGGUAUGAACAGUGCUGUACGAUCAGUCGUCCGUAUGGGUAUCUAUCUCGGCUGCAAAGUGUAUUUCAUCAAUGAGGGUUAUCAGGGCAUGGUAGAUGGUGGAGACAAUAUCGUCGAAGCUAACUGGAAUUCCGUAUCUGAUAUUAUACAGAAGGGUGGAACUAUUAUUGGCUCAGCCCGAUGUUCCGACUUCCGCAAACGAGAGGGACGUCUAAAGGCUGCAUAUAACCUGAUUGAAAAAGGCAUCACGAAUCUGGUAUGCAUUGGUGGUGAUGGUACGCUUACUGGUGCGAAUCAGUUCCGUAAAGACUGGCCAGGCCUGAUCAAAGAGCUGGUUGAUACGGGAAAGAUUAGUCAAGAAACUGCUGCUAAAAAUCCAAAUAUCCAGAUUGUUGGUCUAGUUGGAUCCAUUGACAAUGAUUUUUGUGGAACUGAUAUGACUAUUGGAACGGAUAGUGCGCUACAGCGUAUCAUCGAAUCCAUAGAUGCCGUGAGUGCAACUGCUCAGAGUCACCAGCGUUCAUUUGUGGUUGAGGUUAUGGGUCGUCAUUGCGGUUAUCUUGCUCUGGUUGCUGGUUUAGCAUCUGAGGCUGAUUUUUGCUUCAUCCCAGAGUGGCCUCCUCCAGUCAACUGGCGUGAGAUUCUGUGCAAGAAGCUGCAAGAGAUGCGUGCUGAGGGUCAACGAUUGAACAUCAUCAUUGUUGCCGAAGGAGCGAUUGAUCGUGAUGGCAAUGCGAUUUCAGCUGAUCUCGUCAAAGACGUCAUUGCAAAAACCUUGCACUAUGAUACCAGGGUGACUGUGUUGGGACAUGUCCAACGCGGUGGUGCUCCGUCUGCCUUUGAUCGUCUACUUGGCUGUAGAAUGGGUGCAGAAGCCGUGCUAGCUCUUAUGGAAAUGAAUGAGGAAUCUGAACCUUGCGUUAUCUCCAUCGAUGGAAAUCAAAUGGUGCGUGUGCCUCUCAUGCAAUGUGUGGAGCGAACUCAAGCCGUGCAAAAAGCAAUGAACGAAAAAGAUUGGGAACUAGCCGUCAAAUUGCGCGGACGCAGCUUCCAGCGUAAUUUGGAGACGUACAAGCUUUUGACGAAACUUCGUACGGUCGAGAAGGACAAUCUUUCUGGUGGACAAAAUUUCAAUGUUGCUGUAAUGAACGUUGGAGCUCCCGCUGGAGGAAUGAACGCCGCUGUUCGAUCUUUUGUGCGUAUGGCAUUGUACCAUCACUGCACUGUUUACGGCAUUGAAGAUUCUUUCGAAGGUCUGGCCAAUGGUGCCUUCAAGAAGUUCCAGUGGGGAGAUGUGACAAACUGGGUAAUGCAUGGUGGCUCGUUCCUGGGGACGCAGAAGCAACUACCCAACGAAAAGAAUGUUCCACAUAUUGCAGAACAGCUGAGAAAGCAUAAUAUCCAAGCGCUGUUGCUUGUAGGAGGGUUUGAGGCCUACCACUCCACUCUUAUUCUAUCGAAAAAUCGUGACAGAUAUCCUGAGUUUUGUAUACCAAUGUGUGUUAUACCAUGCACGAUCAGCAACAAUGUGCCAGGUACAUCCCUAUCACUUGGUUCCGAUACGGCUAUGAACGAGAUUUGCACCAUGAUUGAUAAGAUUAAGCAGUCAGCGACAGGAACGAAGAGAAGAGUGUUCAUCAUUGAGACCAUGGGUGGCUACUGUGGUUACUUAGCCACUCUUUCGGCGUUGGCCUCUGGUGCCGAUAACGCGUACAUUUUUGAGGAAAAGUUCACUGUCGAGGAUAUUAUCGAAGACGUAGAGGUUAUCGCGGCGAAGAUGGCGCAAGGAGUUCAGAGGUACCUCAUCGUAAGGAACGAAUAUGCCAAUAAGAACUUCACCACCGAGUUCGUCAAACAACUUUUCGCUGAGGAAGGAAAAGGAGAGUUCUCUACGCGAAUCAACAUCCUUGGUCAUGCUCAACAGGGUGGUAGUCCGACACCUUUUGAUCGAAACAUGGGAACGAAAUUAGCUGCAAGGGCCUUAGAGUACAUCAUCACACAAAUCAAGGAUUCCUUGGUAAACGGCGUAGUCAUGACGAAGUCACCGGAGACUGCCACAUUGCUAGGUUUAACAGGAAGACGUGUCGUCUUCACUCCAGUCGAAGAGCUCGCUGCAGAAACAGACUUCGACAAGCGUCUGCCUUGUGAGCAGUGGUGGUUGAAACUAAGACCACUGCUUCGUAUAUUAGCCAAACACACUUCAAUAUACCAUACUGAAGCUAUGGAAGAUACGGAAGACUACAACGAGUAG